CCACGCAGCCUCCGGUGGCGAGAGCCGCUCGGCUGCUGACGUCGCGUGGCGCUACCGACUGGUACCGCCCCGGUUCCGCCCCGCGCUGCCAGGGACCCACAAGCAGGAGCCACCAUGGAUCUGGUUCUGGAAGCUGCUGACCAGCACCUCCUCACACCCUACGUGUACCCCAGCAGUUGGCCUGAAGAUGAGCCCUGCCGCCAGCUCCUCAGCCUCUUUGUCAUCACCAACCUGGGGGCCCUCACACUCUACCUGCUCUUCGGCACCCUCAGCUACUACUUUGUCUUUGACCAUGAGCUCCAGAAGCACCCACAGUUCCUAGAGAACCAGGUACGUCGGGAGAUCACCUACGCGCUGCGCUCCCUGCCCUGGAUCAGCGUCCCCACCGUCGCCCUCUUCUUCGCCGAGGUGCGGGGCUACAGCAAGCUCUAUGACAACAUCGAGGACUCCCCAUAUGGCUGGCCAGGAGUCUUUCUCAGCAUGCUGUCCUUCCUCUUCUUCACUGACAUGGGCAUCUACUGGAUACACCGUGGUCUCCACCACAAACUGUUUUAUAAGCGUUUCCACAAACCCCACCACCUCUGGAAGAUCGCAACGCCCUUCGCCAGCCAUGCCUUCCAUCCUGUUGAUGGCUUCAUGCAGAGCCUGCCCUACCACAUCUAUCCUUUCCUUUUCCCCCUGCACAAAGUCACCUACUUGGGCCUCUACAUCUUUGUCAACGUCUGGACCAUCUCCAUUCACGACGGCGACUACCGCGUCCCUCGCCUCCUGCGCCACAUCAUCAAUGGAUCAGCCCACCACACCGACCACCACCUCUAUUUUGACUACAACUAUGGGCAGUACUUCACCCUCUGGGACAAGAUUGGUGGCUCCUACAAGAGCCCCACAGCCUUCGAGGGCAAAGGCCCACACGACUACUUGCGCAAGCUCCGAGAGAAAGGUUUGGGGGUGCCUAAUGGCACCGUGGAUACCAAGACUGAGUAGGGUUCUUCCCUCUCCAGGAUAAGGUUCCCUGGCCAGAUUUUCUCCUGUUUCUCCCCAGCCUCUCGAGACUAUUUUCCCAUGGACAAAGAGCCUCCACCCCCUGAUGGCACACCUAGCACAGGGCAAUUCUUGACGGGCACCCUGGCCUGUCCCUGGUCCCAAAAAGGGUGGUGGUUGGUUGCUGAGUUAUCACCUUGCUCUGUGCCACAGACCUGCUCUGCUCCCCCUGCCUCCCAGCUGCCUGUGGAUCUCUGCUAAGGUCCCUGCUCUACCUGGGGGCUGUGCUGUGGCUUUACAAAAAGAACAACAAUGUGGCACAAAGAGAAGAAUAAUGUGGCACAAAUAGAACAAUAAAGCAUCUCAUGGCAGGGGCUCUGUUUGUAUGUGCUGCCCUCCCUCAUUGCAGUGUCCAUCAGGACGAGCCAAGUGGAAUCAAGUCCAGGUGAAAGGCUGAUGAGGUUACUUCUUUUUCCAAGUUGUAUUUCCCAAAAAACAGCUGCACACACC